AUGAACAACUUCGUCCUCCUGGAAGAGCAACUGAUCAAGAAAUCCCAGCAGAAGAGAAGGACGUCCCCCUCGAAUUUUAAAGUCCGCUUGUUUGUUUUAACCAAAGCCAGCCUGGCAUACUUCGAGGACCGCCAUGGGAAGAAGCGCACAUUGAAGGGCUCCAUCGAACUCUCCAGAAUCAAAUGUGUGGAGAUUGUGAAGAGCGACAUUAGCAUUCCGUGCCACUAUAAAUACCCCUUCCAGGUCAUGCAUGACAACUACCUCCUAUACGUGUUUGCUCCAGACCGGGAGAGCCGGCAGCGCUGGGUCCUGGCCCUUAAAGAAGAAACGAGGAACAACAACAGCCUGGUGUCCACAUUUCACCCUAACUUCUGGAUGGAUGGGAGAUGGAGGUGCUGCUCCCAACUGGGGAAGCUUGCGGGUGGCUGUACCCCAUAUGACCCCACCAAGAAUGCUUCAAAGAAACCUCUCCCUCCCACUCCUGAAGACAACAGGGUGAGUGAGAGGUCACUUCCGGAACCCGAGGAAACCCUGGUCAUUGCCUUGUAUGACUACCAGACCGACGACCCUCAGGAGCUCACGCUGCGGUGCAGUGAUGAAUACUGCCUUCUGGACAGCUCCGAGACGCACUGGUGGAGAGUUCAAGACAGGAACGGGCAUGAAGGAUAUGUACCAAGCAGCUAUCUGGUGGAGAAGUCACCAAAUAGCCUGGAAACCUAUGAGUGGUACAAUAAGAGCAUCAGCCGAGACAGAGCUGAGAAACUCCUGCUGGACGUGGGCAAAGAAGGAGCCUUCAUGGUGCGAGAUUCCAGGACCCCAGGGACCUACACCGUCUCUGUGUUCACCAAGGCCAUCAUAAGUGAGAAUACCCCUUGUAUAAAGCAUUAUCACAUCAAAGAAACAAGCGACAACCCCAAGCGAUACUAUGUGGCUGAAAAGUAUGUGUUUGACUCUAUCCCUCUCCUCAUCAAUUACCACCAGUACAACGGAGGAGGCCUGGUGACUCGACUCCGGCACCCAGUUUGUUCCUGGAGAAAGAAGGCGCCAGUCACAGCAGGACUGAGAUACGGGAAGUGGGUGAUCCACCCCUCGGAGCUCACGUUUGUGCAGGAGAUCGGCAGCGGGCAGUUUGGGCUGGUGCACCUUGGCUACUGGCUCAACAAGGACAAAGUGGCCAUCAAGACCAUCCAAGAAGGGGCAAUGUCCGAGGAGGACUUCAUAGAGGAGGCAGAGGUCAUGAUGAAACUCUCUCAUCCCAAACUGGUCCAGCUGUAUGGAGUGUGCCUGGAGCAAGCCCCCAUCUGCCUGGUGUUUGAGUUCAUGGAGCACGGCUGCCUGUCGGAUUACCUACGCAGUCAGCGGGGGCUGUUUGCUGCCGAGACGCUACUGGGCAUGUGCCUGGAUGUGUGUGAAGGCAUGGCCUACCUGGAAAAGGCGUGUGUCAUCCACAGAGACCUGGCUGCCCGAAAUUGUUUGGUGGGAGAGAACCAAGUCACCAAGGUGUCCGACUUUGGGAUGACGAGGUUCGUUCUGGACGAUCAGUAUACCAGUUCCACGGGUACCAAGUUCCCAGUGAAGUGGGCUUCCCCGGAAGUGUUCUCUUUCAGUCGCUACAGCAGCAAGUCAGAUGUGUGGUCAUUUGGUGUGUUGAUGUGGGAGGUCUUCAGCGAGGGCAAAAUCCCCUAUGAAAACCGGAGUAACUCUGAGGUAGUGGAAGACAUCAGUACUGGCUUCCGGCUGUACAAGCCCCGCCUGGCCUCCUCACAAGUCUACCAGAUCAUGAACGCUUGCUGGAAAGAGAAACCGGAAGACCGGCCACCCUUCUGCAGACUGUUGAACGAGUUGGCUGAAAUCGCAGAAUCCGGGCUUUAG